AGGGAAAACUCAAAGGGCGCUCCGCCGCCCGGCUUGCCCGCCUUCCUCGGGGAUGUCGCCCGGGGCCCCGCUCUCUUCGCAGCUCUUGUUCGAAGCCUUCUGGCUCUGAAAGGGACGCGCGGAGCAGCCGCGGGAGACUUUUCCCGCCAGCGCCGGGAACAAAGCGCAGCGAAGUUGCCCUCUGGUUUCCUCCUCCUCCUCCUCUGGGAACCCCAGUCACCAUGACAGCCAUAGCAGCUCAGACCCAGUGGUUACUUACUCGUAGAAGACCGAAGAAAUCAUUCUUUGAGACUUUUAUCAGGAGCCUAAUUAUCCUCUGUGUUGCAAUUGCCAUUGUUCUGUUGUCCGUUGCGGUAUGUGAUGGCCAUUGGCUUUUUACAAGAGGAAAACUCUUUGGUCUGUGGCAUUUCUGUACCCUUGGAAGCAACAGCACCUUGAAAUGCACCACUGAUCUCUCUUUGACCAAUAUCAGAGGGAUAAGCGUAGGAAUGAUCUAUGUAAGAAGCAUGGUGUCUUUUGCCGUUGUUGUUGCAAUCUUUGGCCUGGAACUUCUCAUGGUCUCUCAAGUCUGUGAAGAUAUCAACUCAAGGAGAAAAUGGUCCAUGGGCUCAGUCCUCAUUCUUGUCUCAUUUCUACUGUCAUCGGCUGGAAUGGUGAGCUUCUUAAUCCUCCUAAGAGACUACAUCACGAUCACAAGUUUUACGUUAACCUAUUGGUGUGAAUUUAUUGCAACAUUCCUUUUCUUCCUUAAUGGAAUCAGUGGACUUCACCUUAACAACCUAACUUUUCCAUGGAACAGAGUGAUAAAAAAUUAAACAUGAUGAACCAAAUAUCCCAAGAAUAUAUUGCAGCUCAUUAACGUUCUAGAAACCUAUCAAGGGAAUUGUUUUUGAGGGGAAUUGUUUAGUUUGAUUUUUUUUUUUUUUUUGGUAGCAUAAGGUAAAAGAUUUCUAACAGCUUGCCACUUUCUAGAGGAUGUCUUCAAAUUAAGUUGGUAAUGGAUGCUGAGUACUGGAAAUGGGAAAUUAUAACCUGUUGGGAUUUUAAAUAAUGCAUCUAACCAUAGUAAUGGAAUAGCAAAAAGCAACUUGCUUAAUUUAAAACUCAGUUCAUAAGCCUCAACAUCCUUAGUCCAGUUCCAGUCAUUAUCUUUUAAGUGUCUCACUGAAAUGAUUAAGACAACCAAUCACACUAUUUUUAUUUGAGUUGGGUGGGAACCAAAUUCUAUAGCCAGGUAAAAUAAGACAUAUGCUGUGUGAUUGGGUUUGUGCAUUUUUAUCACUGUGUUUUUCAUAUCAGUAAUUUGUAUCACUAGAAAUAUUUGUACUAUGCAGGACAUAGGGCAGUAACAACUAGAACUUCACUUUCUAAUAGACAUAAAUAAUUUGCCAUUUCACAUUGCCAUAUAUAAGCCAUGAUUAAAAUUUGUGCUUUUAUCAUAUAUUAUUUGGCAAAUAUAUGAUUUAUAAACCAUGCCAGUACUGUGUGCAUUUUCUACCAAAGAUCCUUUACUGCUGAGAAGCAAGCUAUCCAACUAACAUCUUUUUAAAUGAGAUUUGUGCUAUUAUAAUUUAAUGAAUGAUAGUGGGGAGUCAGCCCCUUCCUGUGAGCUAGAAGUAAUUUUUCAUAGAGACAUCUCAACUCUGUAUUUCUAACCACAGAAUUUGUAACACAAAAUGCCCAGUUAAAUUUAUUUCCUGAUUUUCAAAAUUACAGAAAAUAAGUGCAUUCUUUGCUAAGAAUAAAGGGUCAGGCCAUUAUCAUAGAAAGCAGUUACUGGCACAUAUGUAGUGGUAAAGGUGGAAGGAGGCUCCCAUACUCCUUUCUGGACAUAUAGCUUAUAUGAUUUCAAUCCUAAGAGACACCCUGUGGUAUAAAUGAAAUAAAUUGUAAAUCAGAUUUGGUGUAAGUUUAGAGCAUGAAUUUUCUAUUGUUCAGUAAUAACUUGUACUCUUCUCUGUAUAUGUAUUUCACAAUAUUUUACUACAACAAUAACAAGUUUCAUAAACUCAGGACAGUUGUUACCAUUUUUAAAAUUGUAAAUGUUUGACUCCAUCCCUAUGAACUUUCUAUGUCUAAAUAUCCUAUAUUAUUAAUCCAAAUUGUUCAUUAUUGUCAACAAAAAAAGUUAGUAGCUUAAGAAAUGCACAGAUAAGCUGUCAAAUUUUCUAUGGAAACCACUGCACUGAUCAUAGUUUUUGAGAGAACCAGUGUUAUUUCAUUAAAGCUGCAUGCUUGAUUGAAUUCUAGGUUCUCUAAUCCUUAUUUAUAUUUGUUUCUUUACAGCUAACCGUAAGACUAUUUAGGAAUGCCCUAAUUAUUCUACUAAGUUUUUCUCUAAAACGUUUGAAGAAGUUUCCAAGCCAUUUACUUGGAAAUAAAGUAAAGCCACUAUGUUGGCAGUCUAGCCAAGCUUCCCCAAAUCUGGUGGGGUCAUAUUAAAUGCCUAACCCCAACCAGUAUUAUAUAGGCUGCUUUGGGCAAUGGGAGUUGUAGUGCAAUAUAUUAAAAAGGACCACAAGUAGAAAGAAUGCUUAAUAAUUAACUAGACAGGUUAUGAUAUCAGUAGAAUCAAUAGAUUCACAAGCCAUCAUAUACUUUUAUAUGUUUACCAUACCAAAAAGAAAAGAUACUCCAUUCCUUGUCUCUUAGGAAGAUCUUGGCAUGUCAUUCAACUUGCAUUUUUAUUAUUGCCUCUUAUGAGUUGUUAAGACUUGCACGGUUGAAGAAUACAAUACGUUAUACAGUGAAGUAUCGCCAGACUGAGGGGUGACCUGCUAUUAGCAAAUCAUACCUACCUGUAUUGUUUUGUAGUCUGUAUAAAUUAUUGUAUGAACCUGAAGAAAGAAAGAUUUGCUUGACUAGAGUUUUGAAGUUUUCAUGUUGAGAAUAUUUUGAAAAAUCUAUAGUAUUUUUCCCCAGUUUAGAACAUUAAUUUUCUAUUACUGCCUAUCUAGAAGUCUAUUAUCUUGCUGAUUUUAUUCAAUAGUUUUCGCAACUAUCUAGUGAAGAAAUUUGAUGUCUUCUUGAAAAAAAUAAUGUUCUAAAGAACCGAACACAAAUUUCUGUGGAUGUAUCAAAAUUGUGGAAUUCUUGCAUAGAAUUUCAUCUCACGUUGAGAAGGUGGAACACUCUGUCCUCAUGGGCUAAAUGAAUCACCAUCAUCUUUACCUUUCAAAAAUGAUGGUUCUUUAGGCCUUCAAAACUAUCUAACUGUAGAGAUCAGUUUUGAGCUGAUGUUCUAUAAAAGUUGUAAAUACUGUUUAGUGUUGACUCUUUUCUGUCCUAUUAAAGGCCAUUUGCCAGAAAAUGUUUGUUUAGAUUAAUAAUGAUUGUUUUACUAAGUAAGUUAUAACAUGUAA